AUGUGGCGUCUCUUUGGUUUACACUGUGUGCUAAAUGCGCUCAUCACUGAUGUUACUAGUGCCGUGAUGGAUUUAGAACAAGUUGAUGACAGCUCUGGUAAUGUGUCAGGCUCAAUUGGUACUACUACAGACACCUCGUCGUCCACUCCAUCUAGUGAUUCGAAUGAUGAUUGGCAUAUGAAACCUGUUGUUUCAAUACAGGCCCGUGUACAAGGUGAUGCACCUGUUUGGAACAAAAAGGCUCAGAUGUGGGUCUCAAAGUUUGGAGAUACGACCGAGGCUGCCUACAUGAACAAUUUAGACUCAGUUAACACUGCUUCUGUAGAGGGAGCACUUAUGUUCGUACAGGCGGAAGGGAUUAAUGUGAAAGAACAGUCAGUCAAGUGUGAACGUAAGAACAAAAUGCAGUACAUCGUCUUCUAUGAGCUGACGAUAGUACAGCCGACGUACGGAAUCAAAUACUAUGAAAGCCAUACAACCCCAGAGUACGGUGAAUUUGUAGCUAUGGAUGGCGGCAAAUGCACAGAUGAAGGAUCCGAUUUGUCCAAAAACUGUAAGGUUUAUUACGGUCUGGACGGAGAAUUGAACAUUGGUCCAAUGGUAGGUAGCAAUUUGCAGGCAUCAGAGCCGCGUGCUCCAUACCCAGGUAAUUAUUGGUUUUCGUACCCCGGUUCGUGCGCGCAGAAGUUACGUGCCGAAAAGACGACAAAAUGUCGAGCAAAGUAUUCAGGUGGACUCUGUGCAAUUGGAGACCAACCUGACGGCGAAAAGUGCACAUUUAGCUACAAGAUUCUUGGCUAUCUAAACAUUGACGACCUGGUAGGUAUCACCAAGAUGGGUUACAGAAGCUACACCGAGUUUUGCGAGGACGGUGGUAUCGAAUUUAAAGCCACAAACAACGGCAGUGGUUUUGAGGUGGAAGAAUCGAUUGAUUUCUGGAAAAACCCUUGCGACGAGGAAGCAAACGCGGCGCGAACAGCUAAAAUGGUUAAAAUGUACAAUAAGAUGGUUAAUGGUGGCACUGUCGACAACAUGUUACCUCUUCCAUCUAUUGACUCGCUCACGUCCGCUAAUCCGAAGUGUGAAGAGAAUAGUGCUCAGUGUGCUAACGCUCCGAACGGGUGUACCCGUAUUCUAUACUCCCAGGUAUGUUCGGUGUGUUCGCCGAGCGAUAAUUGUGACAUCUCUUCCCAAACAAGUUUUUCAUUCCCUGACUUGAAACUUCCCACUGACAAGUCAAAGAAAAAAUCAUCACGCGACGUGAAAGGUGAUGGAACCAUGAGCAAAAAUAUGAACUUUGAGAGGGCAACAGCGCUCUCAAGAGACAACAACCACAACGAAAGCGAGAGCAUGGCCGGCAUCCAUUCUGCUCGUUAUUCCGAUAAUUAUAUUGGCGAGUUUUCUGAAAGUCAUACCGAUAACAAGCCUGGCUAUAGGACUGAAACUGAGCUUCGCAGUAGUAGCGCCUCGAUUAUUAAGAAUUCUAUUGUCGGAGCCUUUAUAGUGCUUGUGGCAAGCUGCCUAUUGUAA